AUGGCCAUCGCCCGAUCUGUCGCCUUCAUGCCCGUGUGCAUGGUGCUGGCGUUGGUUGCACUUUCGCAGCCGGCGUUUGCUGUCAAUGCUGCGUUUGGCGUCUUCACCGAAGACCAAUGCGAAUCUUUCAUCCCGUUUGCCGCCACCAACUAUGUGGCUUCGGGAGCUUGCACCUUCAGCGCGCUGAUUAACACGUACUACCGGAUUGUUGUCAUCUCCGACACGCAGGUUACUUACUCUAUCGGCUGCGACUCCGCUUGCGGCACCUGCGCGUCGACGACUACGGGUGCCCCAGGCACGUGCAUUUACUCGAGCACCAACGGCGACAAGUGGAUCACCGCCCAUCCGCUCAAGGAGACGACAAUCACUGCCACACUUGGCACUGCGUGCAACGCGACGUCCGCCACGACCCUCCAAAGCGGCGCCUGCGUGGCGACACCGACUGGCUAUGCUCGUUUGAUGGACAUUGGCAAUGGCCAGAUUUGGUACUCGAUGGAUUGCAUGCCCAACUGCCUCGAGUGCCAGACCAUCGGCGUUUCUGGAUCGGGCGGUGCUUGCGACGAUUUCGGCUCGGACGUCCACGGCUCGUUCCACAUCAAUGCCUCCGCAGCGCUGACUGUGUCCAUGUCUGUGAUUGGCAUGGCCAUGGCCUUGAUGUCCGCCUUUGCUCUUCUCGGAUAG